GGUGGGCACGAAAGGUAAUAAUUGUUAAAAAUGCAAAACACACUCUCUCUCUUUAUCUCUCCCAAGAAAAAAUGGAAAAACACUCGUACCACUCUCUUUCCCCCUCUUAAAAGGACACCCCAAAAAUAAUGGCGGUUGCGUUGUGAUUGAUUGGAGGAGAGAGAGAGAGAGAGGGAGGGUAAAGCUAUAGUAGCAUGGUCACCAAGUUAGAAGUAGUAUAGUAGUACUAGUAAGUAGCAUGAACAUGACCAAUGACCAUGACCACAAAGCAUAACCAUAAAAACUAAGCACAAACACAACCAUUGCUACUUCUACUUCCCAUUUUUCCAUUACCGGAAUUCUAAUGAGCCAAACGCUGACUCUCGUUUUUGUACUACUCUUUACCCAACGCUCUUUCCUCUGUAUCAAACACUGAUCCUUUAACACUUUCUCUCUCUUGUUGGAUUCGCUGUUCUUUCUCUGAGAUCUGUGUGCUUUUCGACUCUGUUCCUCUUCUGGGUCUCGUUGCUCUUUCAGAUUGUUGCUAAAUUUGGCAGAAAAAAGCCACGUGUAUUUCUGAGAGAUUGUGUUGUGUAUAAUGAGGACUUUCGUUGAGGAUUGGAACCUGGAGUGUUGGGGGUUAAGGAAAACUAGAACCGAAUGAUGCGUAAAGCAAUUGUCUUUUCUUGUGACACUGGUUUUGGUUGAAGGUUCAUACGUGGGAAUCUUGUUGGUAUUAAUGGAUUUUAAAGGGUGUGAAGUACUGGGACAAAUAUAACAAAGAAUGUUAUUCUGUUGUGGGAAGGAAGGAAGAGAGGGCACGGCUUGUUUUGUGGUGGAGGGUGUCAUUUUCUGAGAAUUUCGUUGCUUAAUUGGUAGUGUUGUGAUUGUGAAUUCAAUUUCGGGGAUACUAAUUUGCUUUAGCCUCUGUUUUUGCUCAAAUGAGACUUUCUUCAGCUGGUUUUAGUCCUCCACCCCAGGAAGGGGAAAAUCGAGUUCUAGAUUCAGAACUUUGGCAUGCAUGUGCUGGUCCCCUUGUCUCUUUACCAGCAGUUGGAAGCCGCGUGGUAUACUUUCCACAAGGUCACAGUGAACAGGUGGCUGUGUCGACCAACAAGGAAGUAGAUGCUCAUAUCCCAAACUAUCCAAGCUUGCCUCCUCAACUCAUUUGUCAACUUCAUAAUAUGACUAUGCAUGCUGAUGCGGAGACUGAUGAAGUGUACGCGCAAAUGACCUUGCAACCUCUGAAUCCUCAAGAGCAAAAGGAGGCAUACCUGCCAGCGGAGCUGGGCACCCCAAGUAAACAGCCAACAAACUAUUUCUGCAAAACUUUGACAGCCAGUGACACAAGCACACAUGGGGGAUUCUCUGUGCCUCGCAGGGCAGCUGAAAAAGUGUUUCCUCCAUUGGAUUUCUCUCAACAACCUCCUGCUCAAGAAUUAAUUGCAAGGGAUUUGCAUGGUAAUGAGUGGAAAUUCAGGCAUAUCUUCCGGGGCCAGCCCAAAAGGCAUCUACUUACAACCGGAUGGAGUGUCUUUGUGAGUGCUAAAAGACUAGUUGCUGGUGAUUCUGUGCUGUUUAUCUGGAAUGAAAAGAACCAACUACUACUUGGCAUCCGCCGUGCUAAUCGACCACAAACUGUGAUGCCUUCUUCGGUGUUGUCAAGUGAUAGUAUGCACUUGGGGCUUCUUGCUGCAGCAGCUCAUGCAGCUGCAACAAAUAGUCGUUUCACCAUCUUCUAUAAUCCACGUGCUAGCCCUUCAGAAUUUGUCAUACCAUUAGCGAAGUAUGUUAAAGCUGUGUAUCAUACUCGAGUUUCAGUUGGUAUGCGGUUCAGGAUGCUGUUUGAAACAGAGGAGUCAAGUGUGCGGAGAUACAUGGGUACAAUAACUGGCAUUAGUGACCUGGAUCCUGUCCGGUGGCAAAACUCACAUUGGCGCUCCGUCAAGGUUGGCUGGGAUGAAUCCACUGCUGGAGACAGGCAACCUAGAGUGUCUCUUUGGGAAAUUGAGCCAUUAACUACAUUUCCUAUGUAUCCAUCUCCAUUCCCCCUUAGGCUUAAACGGCCAUGGCCUCCAGGACUGCCUUCAUUCCAUGCAGGCAUGAAGGAUGACGAUUUUGGCCCGAAUUCACCUCUGUUGUGGCUCCGAGAUCCUGAUAGAGGGCUUCCGUCUCUUAAUUUUCAGGGGAUUGGGAUUAAUCCUUGGAUGCAGCCAAGAUUUGAUCCCACCAUGUUGAAUAUGCAAACAGACAUGUACCAAGCUGCGGCUGUUCAGGACAUGAGGAGUUUAGAUCCUUCCAAACAGCAUUCUGCUUCCUUACUUCCAUUUCAGCAACCACAGAACUUCCCAAACAGGACUGCUGCUUUAAUGCAGGCCCAGAUGUUGCAGCAGUCACAACCUCAGCAGAUUUUUGGAAAUACUCAAGAGAAUCAACAUUCCCCACAAUCUCAGGCUCAUCUUCAGCAACAUCUACAACAUCAACACUCGUUCAAUAGUCAGCAUCAUCAUCACCACCAGCAACAACAACAGCGACAGCAACAUCAAGUGGUAGAUAAUCAACAGAUUUCUAGUGCAGUCUCUACAAUGUCUCAGUUUGUUUCAGCUCCUCAACCUCAAUCACCACCUAUGCAAGCUAUCUCUUCCAUGUGCCAACAGCAAAACUUUUCUGAUUCAAACGGGAACACUGUGACUACUAUUGUUUCUCCCCUGCACAGUAUCUUGGGUUCUUUUCCCCAGGAUGAAACAUCUCACCUCCUGAACCUUCCUAGAACAAGCUCUUGGAUUCCUGUUCAAAAUUCAAGUGGGUGGCCCUCGAAGCGUGUUGCAGUGGAUCCUCUCCUUUCUUCCGGAGCCUCUCAAUGUGUUCUACCUCAGGUGGAGCAGCUAGGGCAGCCACAGAGUACCAUGUCUCAAAAUGCUAUUUCUUUACCACCUUUUCCUGGUAGGGAGUGCUCAAUAGACCAAGAAGGGAGCAAUGAUCCACAAAACCAUCUCUUAUUUGGUGUUAAUAUAGAGCCCUCGUCCCUUCUCAUGCCUAAUGGAAUGUCAAGCCUUAAGGGGGUCUGUGGAAACAAUGGCUCCUCAACCUUGCCAUAUCAAUCUUCUAAUUAUCUGAAUACUACCACACGGACUGAUUCUUCAUUGAAUCAUGGAAUGACCCCCAACAUAGGCGACUCGGGUUUCCUGCAGUGUCUGGAAGAGGCAGGACAAGGAAACCCACUGAACAAAACCUUUGUGAAGGUUUAUAAGUCAGGGUCCUUUGGAAGGUCAUUGGAUAUCACUAAAUUCAGCAGCUACCAUGAGCUGCGUGGUGAACUCGCUCGAAUGUUUGGCCUUGAAGGCGAGUUGGAGGACCCUGUGAGAUCAGGCUGGCAGCUUGUAUUUGUAGACCGAGAGAACGAUGUUCUUCUCCUUGGUGAUGGCCCCUGGCCGGAAUUCGUAAAUAGCGUAUGGUGCAUAAAGAUACUUUCUCCUCAGGAAGUGCAGCAGAUGGGCAACAAUGGCCUUGAGCUGUUGAACUCGUUUCCAAUUCAAAGGCUCUCUAAUGGCAUCUGUGAUGACUAUGUGAGCCGUCAAGACCCAAGAAAUUUAGGCACUGGGAUAACAACCGUGGGGUCUUUAGACUACUAAAUAGUCUUCACUUCUUCUAUCACAUGUAAUAUUAUUACCCUUACUUCUCAACCCUUUCUUUGUGUACGGUGGGAAGCACCUUUGCCUAAGUGUAGUUUACAUAGCCUACUCUUUAGCCUUUGGAUGUUUUCCUGUUUUUUCCUGCUAGGACAUUUCAUAAACUAAUACUGUAACUAUAUGGCAUCUAGUCAUUGUGCUAGCCACAAUAUAUACGAUACUUAAUCCGUUAGGAAAUCAAUGCGUGAGAUAUGUUCUCCUAACUUGUACA